AUGGCUGCUUACUCUCAGAAGCGAGCUGCUGCUAUGGCGGCGAUCGUGUCCAUCUUGCUCUUCGUAGUAGCUGGAGUAGUCGUCGCCGGCGAUCCUCCAUCAUCAUCAUCAUCCUCCGCGACGAAGAACGACAAGACGCCAGCAGCGCACGCCCGCAAGCUGCUCCAAUACACGACGGUGGCGGCGGCGGUGAAGAAGCGGAGCGGGUCGACGGCGCCGAGCGAGUGCUCCCAGGACGCCGUGGUGGUGUCGCAGGCCGAGGCGGGGGGGCGGCCGGGCGGCGUGCCGUGCUACAGCGUGACCAUCACCAACACCUGCCUGUCCUGCACCGUGCGCGACAUCCACGUCUCCUGCGGCGAGUUCGGGUCCGCGAGGCUCGUCGACCCCAGCGACUUCCGGCGCCUGGCCGUCGGCGACUGCAUCGUCAGGGGAGGCGGCGCCGUGCGGCCUGGCGAGACCGUCUCCUUCGACUACUCCAACCAGUUCCAGUAUGACCUCCACGUCGCCUCGGUCUCCUGCACCUGCGGCUAG